AUGCCUUAUCACCAGGCAGCCCGUCUAGCCGCCCUGUCGGCCUACCUGGACGCGCUGGGCGUUGGCAACAUUAAAGAUUUGCCAUAUGGUGCUGGCCGGCCGCCGGCCGAUGACUUACAGAUGUUUGCGGGCUCGACGCAGCUGAACGUUGAGUACUUAACAGGCAAGGAUUCUGGGAUGUUUUCUCCAUCUCCUCAGCCUCUCGAGCAUUGUGCCGCAAGCUAUACCAUGGCGGAAGCUCUUCUUGCCCUCAUCGGCGACCCCAACAACGCCGAACAGUGCUAUAAGCGCUGGAACAACGAGCACUACGCCAUCCAGCGAUUUGAUCUCACCAACUUCAUCGUCUACAACCACCGUGGUCCCAACCGCGAGCGCCGCGUUGUCUCGGCGCAGCAAGUGGCGACCUAUAUCGCAUAUAAUCGCCUCCUGUACACCUCGGAGGCUCCUUAUCCCAGCCCUCCGAUCGGUUACCCGGAGCCGGGCGAGGUUUGGGCCCACGCGGACCUGUCAUCCGGCCGCGUUAUGUACUCCGAGAACCCCGGAGAGCUCCCUAACGAGGGUAGCUGGCGCGUUACCCCUGAUAUCAUCGAGCAACUUCGUGCCCGAUGGACCAGCUUAUUCGCAAUGCAACUGCGCCGAAAGCGCGCCGAGGAGAACCGGAAGGCCAAGAGAUCCGCACCUUACCCGACCGGAACCGAAGACGCCGAGGCCGCGGCGCGUGCUGCUGCGGCUGCAUCAGGCCCGCAGGCUCAGCCGCCUGGUGCUUCCGGCUCAAACUCCAGCUCGGAUGGACCUGGAAGUGGUGGAGACUCUGUAAUGGGUCCUGCUUGA